UAUGGCUAAUCUCGUUUUCUCUGGAGCCAUAUAUAUAAUAUACGUAGUAGUAUGGUUAUUAUGAUGUGUUACCAUUGCUCUAACUUCCCAGUCUUAGAGUUGACUACGGUCAUUCUCUAUCUUUUGCAAAUUUUCGGGUUUUCGAAAGGCACACAUGACUAUAAGCUGGCUCUCUAGUCUCUUCGAUGCUAUUCAAGACCGUGUUCACCAGAAGAUCCGUAUGGGGACUCGCCAUCUUCGUCAUUAUCCUGGUUUUAAUCGCCACUUCCGUAUCUCAUGGCCAGUGGACACACGCGGGAGAAUUAACUGGCUGGUCCAGACACAUCAAGGAUAAGCUAGGGAGCCUGGACGCUGCUCAGAACUCAACAUUAGGCUUUGAACAGAUUCUUGCACUCUCACGGGGCACAGAAUGGCGAAUUCAUGGACUCCACGCCGCGGCCAAUUUGACCGGUAUAGAUAUUGUCAUCCCUCCACAGCCGUUCAUCGGGGAAAACAUGGUCCACUUCUUCAUGGAGGAUGGCCCGGAUGAUGUCAGGAAGCCACCAUACGGGUCCGCGAAAGCCUGGAUCGCACACCUGGAUUUAUUGAAGCAUGUUAUACAGAGUGGAAGCAAGACAACCUUGAUCUUGGAGGAUGACGUCGACUGGAGCGUGCACAUAAAGAGUCAGAUGUCCACUGUUGCAAUCAAAGCUCGCGAGUUCACGAAAGCACCAUCUACCGCUAUAAGUCCCUACGGUGAUGACUGGGACAUCUUGUGGCUUGGACACUGCGGCGAAUGGUACAAUAAGGAUGAUCCACCAGAGCAUCUUAGCUGGCCAGAUGAGACUGUUUGUAGUCGUAAAGACUAUCGUAGUAUAUAUGCCCCAGAGUCUCAUCUGGGACUACCGGAAGGUCAGAGGACUAUCAUGAGAUCGGUAAGCCCGAUAUGCACAUGGGCGUAUGCUGUCACAGAUGUUGGUGCGGCUCGACUGGUGGAGUGGGCGUCAAAAGCACAAGAUCAAGCCUUUGACAUCAAAACUCGAGCUGCGUGUUCUAGCGGGCACCUGAAAUGCAUCAGUGUGGUAGAUCAGCUCUUCAGCCAAUACCAACUGAACAAUGAGAUCGGAAGUACGAGCGACAUAGAUAACUCAAUUAAGAACCCUAACGGUAUCUCCAUAGAACACGCGGAGAGUCGAAUGGGGUCAACGGUGGUUAUACGAGAAAGCGCUCGUUGCAGAGCCUUGUUUGACGAUAACUGCUUUGCGACGAAUUAG